UAAUCAAGCUUCAAUAAAGUCAAAAAAUGAAAGUGGGUUUGGAUUUAUUCUUCUUAUCAUUAUCCCACCACCUGCGCAAAGGCUUAAAACUGGUGUAUCAGCUUAGACUGGUUCUCUCCCCAAACACUUUAAGAGAGGGAAACGCCCUCCUCAUGACAUCUGUCGACAUUUGGUAGCUUCUUACUUGUUCUCUUGCCCUUGUGCUCAUUGUCCCCUCCAAUUCCUCUCUUUUGGACUCUUCCCCCCAACUCUGUCUCCGAACCAUAUAUAAACAGAGUCACUCUUCAAGUUUCCACCCUGCAACUCAUCUCUAAGAACCACAUACAUAGUUUCAAGACUCUUCUGGCCAAGAUUUCCAAACUUCCAUUGCUAGAGCAAUGAUCCACUCAGACCCACCUCUCCUUAACCAUUAUGGAGCUCUUUUAUGCCGCUCAACUCAAUGUGAUGAACCUCAAAGCCGGCUUAUCAUGGAAGAAUGCCAACUUCCGUUAAUAGACCUUAGGGGUCUAAGCAGUCGCGACGAAAUGGUGAGAAAAGCUUGUGCUGCAGCCAUUUAUAGAGCAUCAUCAGAAUGGGGUUUUUUCCAAGUGGUGAACCAUGGCAUUAGCCCUCGGCUACUCGAGAAGAUGAGGAGUGAACAGGUGAAGUUGUUCCAAACACCCUUUGAAAGGAAAGCUAGUUGUAGACUUCUGAAUAAUUCUUACACGUGGGGAACUCCUACGGCCACUUGUCCUAAGCAAUUCUCCUGGUCUGAGGCUUUCCAUGUCCCUCUUACCAAGGUUUCAGAUGAAGCUUGUUAUGGAGAGUUUACGUCUUUAAGGGAAGUGAUGACAGAAUUUGCAGCUGCCAUGUCAAAACUGGCAAGACUUCUUGCAGGGGUUCUGACAGAAAAUUUGGGCCAUGGAAAGGAAGUGAUCGACAAUAUAUGUGACGAAAGCACUUGCUUCCUUCGCCUGAACCACUACCCGGCCUGUCCAAUAUCUCCGGAGAUUUCUGGUUUAGUGCCCCACACUGACAGCGAUUUCCUAACAAUCCUUUGUCAAGAUCAGGUAGGAGGACUUCAACUCACGAAGGACUCCAAGUGGGUGACUGUCAAACCUAACCAAGAUGCUCUUAUAGUCAACAUUGGAGACCUCUUCCAGGCAUGGAGCAAUGAUGUUUACAAAAGCGUGGAGCAUAAGGUGGUGACCAAUGCAAAGAUGGAGAGAUACUCAAUAGCUUAUUUCCUGUGCCCCUCUUUCGAUUCCUCCAUCGGGAGCUUCAGAGAACCUUCCGUUUACAGAAAAUUUACCUUCAGGGAAUAUAGAGACCAAGUUCAAGAAGAUGUAAGAAAAACUGGCUAUAAGGUUGGCCUUCCAAGGUUUCUACUUAAGGGCACAGAGGAUUUUACAAGAAGUAAUAAGGAGUCAAAUACCAGACUAUAUAUCCCAAGCAUCACAGCCAACAGUUAAAAAAGAUGAAUACUACAAUGCCUCUUGCUGCCAAAGUUGUUAGCCUUUAGGAAUCUAAUUAGCAUAAUUUAACAAGCAGAAUCCAGAAGUGUUAAGACAUUUUCCAGAGAAACUAAUGUGUGAUCAUUGUACUAAAAAGGUUUUG